AACAUUAGUUCAUUUGUUUUAUUCGCAGAAUGAUUUUUUCAACGAAGUCAGCAGUUUAACUCUUGAAGAGACAGAUGACUUAUGCUUCACUGCCGUCGAACAAAAACUAUCCCUAACAAUUUAUCAUUCUUGGAAAAAUGAAGUUCUUGCCCCUAUGGCUAGUGAUCUAUUGGACGAAGAAAAAAGUAAAAUAGAAGGCGAGGAUGAAAAGAAGAAAAAGAGGAAAGAAUGUGUGGAAAAGAAGAAGAAGAGUAACGUGAAAACCAGUGGAAAUGCACUGUCUGCAGAUGCAACUGGUAGUGACGUUUCUGGAUCUGCUGUGUCAGGAAGUACUUGCCAAGAACAGAAAAACGAUGAAAGCGUUGGCAAAAAACGCCGUUACCCAAAAAGAAGUGUGCCUGUCAAAAACUAUACCGAACCAGAAAAUAUAAAUAUGGACGACUUCGUUUUUUGUGAUGUGUGCGGUAGAGAAUGGUUCAAGCAAUGUAAUGUCCAUGGAAAAAUGAUGACAAUACCAGAUAUUCCGGUGAAUAGGAAAAAGGCUGGAUACAACUACGCCAAAGAAACAACUCCUAGAAUCCUGGGAGUGGCACAGUCAAAGAUUGCGAAUGCUGGAAAAGGAGUCUGGACAAGGGACAUGAUCAAAAAUCAGAUUCAGUUCGGACCUUACCAAGGCCGAACGGGCAAAGGAAAUCCUAAAGAUCCCAACUAUGCAUGGCAGCUGAAAGAAAUGGCCGGUGGGUUGAACUACAUUGAUGCCAGUGAUGAGAGAUACAGUAACUGGAUGCGCUAUGUGAACUGCGCAAGAAAUAUCAAUGAAAUGAAUCUGAUGGCAUAUCAGUUUGAGGGCGGCAUCUAUUACAGAACUUUUCGUCUGGUUGCUCCUCAUGAAGAGCUGUUUGUCUUCUAUGGAGAACAGUUUGGCUGUAGUCUCGGCAUUGAUGUCAAGAACUUCAGGAAUCCCACAUUAACUAAUGAAAAAGAUGUCAGCUUCUACUGUGCAGAGUGUAACUCAGUCUUCACCUCACCGCUCUACUUGGAGCAGCACGAAAUGACCUGUCUACUGGGACGGCCACCAAGCAAGAAACUGAAACUCCUUCAUGCUAUACAAACUACUGUGACCACAGUUGCACCACAAAGCAAGAACGACCCCAUGUCAUCUAAUCAAACAUCGAACACAAUGAUGAGUGUAUGCAACGUUCAGGAACCUCUCUCAUUCACUGAUGGCACCUCAAACAAACAACACCUCUCAUUGAAUGAGGGUUCGACUUGUGGUGCCAAAAGCAAACAACUGUUAGAGUUAACGGGUGAAAAGGGUGUCAAUAGCCACCUAUGUAAUAAGACUUAUUCCAAAAAGUGUAGAGUGCAUGAUAAUGUAAGGCCAUUCAAGUGUAAUGAUUGUGAUAAAGCUUUUCCUAGUAAUGCAAACCUUAACCAACAUUUCAAGUCAGUUCACUUGAAAGUGUGCUUGUUCAAAUGCAAUAUGUGCGACUAUAAGUGCACACGAAAUAGUAAUUUGAAAAAACACAUGGAUGCUGUGCAUUUGAAUAUACGUAAAUUUGAAUGCAAUAUGUGCGACUAUAAGUGCUCACAAAAUGGUCAUUUGAAACAACACAUAAAUGCUGUGCAUUUGAAUAUAUAUAAAUUUGAAUGCAAUAUGUGCGACUAUAAGUGCUCACAAAAUGGUCAAUUGAAACAACACAUAGAUGCUGUGCAUUUGAAUAUAUAUAAAUUUGAAUGCAAUAUGUGCGACUAUAAGUGCUCACAAAAUGGUCAUUUGAAACAACACAUGGAUGCUGUGCAUUUAAAUAUACGUAAAUUUGAGUGCAAUAUGUGUGACUAUAAGUGCUCACGAAAUGGUGAUUUGAAACAACACAUGGAUGCUGUGCAUUUAAAUAUACGUAAAUUUGAAUGCAAUAUGUGUGACUAUAAGUGCUCACAAAGUGGUCAUUUGAAACAACACAUGGAUGCUGUGCAUUUAAAUAUACGUAAAUUUGAAUGCAAUAUGUGUGACUAUAAGUGCUCACGAAAUGGUGAUUUGAAAAAACACAUGGAUGCUGUGCAUUUAAAUAUACGUAAAUUUGAAUGCAAUAUGUGUGACUAUAAGUGCUCAUAUAGUGGUCAUUUGAAACAACACAUGGAUGCUGUGCAUUUGAAUGUAAGUAAAUUUUAAUAAAAUAUGUUCGACUAUAAGUGCUCACAAAGUGGUCAUUUGAAACAACACAUGGAUGCUGUGCAUUUAAAUAUACGUAAAUUUGAAUGCAAUAUGUGUGACUAUAAGUGCUCACGAAAUGGUGAUUUGAAAAAACACAUGGAUGCUGUGCAUUUAAAUAUACGUAAAUUUGAAUGCAAUAUGUGUGACUAUAAGUGCUCAUAUAGUGGUCAUUUGAAACAACACAUGGAUGCUGUGCAUUUGAAUGUAAGUAAAUUUUAAUAAAAUAUGUUCGACCAUAAGUGCUCAUAUAGUGGUCAUUUGAAACAACACAUGGAUGCUGUGCUUUUGAAUGUACAUUAAUUUGAAUAAAAUAUGUGCGACUAUAAGUGCUCAUGAAAUGGUGUUUUGAAAAAACACAAGGAUGCUGUGCUUUUGAAUGUACAUAAAUUUGAAUAAAAUAUCUGCGACUAUAAGUGCUCAUAUAGUGGUCAUUUGAAACAACACAUGUAUGCUGUGCAUUUUAAUGUAUGUCAAUUUGAAAAAAAUAUGUGCGACUAUAAGUGCUCAUGAAAUAGUGAUUUGAAAAAACACAUGAAUGCUGUACUUUUGAAUGUACGUUAAUUUGAAUAAAAUAUGUGCGACUAUAAGUGCUCACGUAAUGGUGAUUUGAAACAAUACAUGGAUGCUGUGAAUUUGAAUGUAUGUAAAUUUGAAUAGAAUAUGUGCUACUAUAAGCUCUCACAAAAUGGUGAUUUGAAAAGACACAUGGAUGCUGUGCAUUUGAAUGUAACCUACAUAAAUUUGAAUAAAAUAGGUGUGAUUAUAAGUGCUCAUGGAAUGGUGAUUUGAAAAAACACAUGGAUGCUGUGCUUUUGAAUGUAUGUUAAUUUAAAUAAAAUAUGUGUGACUAUAAGUGCUCAUGAAAUGGUGAUUUGAAACAACACAUGGAUGUGUGAAUUUGAAUGUAUGUAAAUUUGAAUAAAAUAUGUGCAACUAUAAGUGCUCACAAAAUGGUGAUUUGAAAAGACACAUGGAUGCUGUGCAUUUGAAUGUAACCUACAUAAAUUUGAAUAAAAUAGGUGCGAUUAUAAGUGCUCAUGAAAUGGUGAUUUGAAAAAACACAUGGAUGCUUUGCUUUUGAAUGUACGUUAAUUUGAAUAAAAUAUGUGUGACUAUAAGUGCUCACAAAAUGGUCAUUUGAAACAACACAUGGAUGCUGUGCAUUUGAAUGUACGUAAAUUUGAAUAAAAUAGGUGCGAUUAUAAGUGCUCAUGAAAUGGUGAUUUGAAACAACACAUGGAUGUGUGAAUUUGAUUGUAUGUAAAUUUGAAUAAAAUAUGUGCAACUAUAAGUGCUCACGAAAUAGUCAUUUGAAACAACACAUGGAUCCUGUGCAUUUGAAUAUACGUAAAUUUGAAUGCAAUAUGUGCGACUAUAAGUGCUCAUAUAGUGGUCUUUUGAAACAACACAUGGAUGCUGUGCAUUUGAAUAUACAUAAAUUUGAAUGCAAUAUGUGCGACUAUAAGUGCUCACAAAAUGGUAGUUUGAAACAAUACAUGGAUGCUGUGCAUUUGAAUGUACAUAAAUUUGAAUGCAAUAUGUGCGACUAUAAGAGCU